AUGUUCGUGGUCUCUUGGAUUCUAUGUUUUCUUCUGGGCUUUCCCUGACUCUGGUGGAAGCGUUGGAGCAAAUAACUGAAAGCAUUCCACCUUUGUUGCCGACCAUCCAGAAUCGGCUGCUUGAAUGUAUCUCAGCAAUCCUUUCAAGAUCUCAUCAUUCAAUGCCAAGACAAUCAGCUUCUGUGAGUCGAGGGCUUAUUACAACGGUUACCCCCCAAGUACCAGAACUGAGUGGUUUUGCGCUAGUUCAACUUGGUUUGAGAACCCUUGCUCAUUUUAAUUUCAAGGGCCACGAUCUUCUUGAGUUUGCAAGAGAGUCUGUUGUUGUGUAUUUAGAAGAGGAGGACAGAGCUACAAGGAAGGAUGCUGCACUAUGUUGCUGAAAACUAGUAGCAAAUUCUUUCUCGGCGAUAUCUUCUACCCAGUUUAGUCCUAGUAGAUUCAAUUGUGCCAGUGGAAAGCGACGUCGUCGGCUUGUUGAAGAGGUUUACUUUUGAACUGUGUCUCUUGGUAUUAUUUAUUUCACUGGUUUAUCACUUCUUAAUUAUCUGAUCAUUCAAAUAUGUGCCUUUAAAAACACCCUUGUCCUAAUAUCUGUAUAAGGAUGUACAAUUCAGUUUUAGCCUUUUAGGAGUGGCUCGGUAGUAUAGUUUCUCUAUCAAUCUCUCAGACGGUUUAUCCCCUUUUCUUGAAUAGGCUGCAGGUAUCUCUCUUGGUGUACUGAUUUUGGGAUGCAUGCCUGGAUUGGGUCCCAAGUUUACCAUAUGUUACUCCCUUCAUCCCACAAGUUGGCCUACUUUCUUUUCAUUGGUCGAUUUGGUCCCAAGUUUGCACAUGUUAAUUACUUCCUCCAUUCCAAAAUCUCCUAAAUUGCUUUAAUUGGCAAUUAGUAUCUCUUUCUUGAACCCAUUACUCGAUAAAGUAUUUUCCAGUGUCAUUUGUUUACAUUCUUUUACAUAACUUGUAACAUAUUUCUGUUGCCUUCCCAAAAUAUUUGUUUACAUUCUUUUUCAUAAUUUGUAACAUAUUUCUAUUACCUUCCCAAAAUCCAGAACAAUCUUUUUUUGUUGUCACGUAUGAUUUCUAUUUACAUUACACACUAUAAUUUGUCACAAUUGAACUAUAGUGGAGGUUUAGGCAAGGGAAAAUUGAUGUUUAUCUGGUGGUACUCUUUCUUUUUUGUUGUUGGUGCUUUUGUACUAAACUGGUCUGGUGAUGUAAAGAGGAUCUUCAAGGAUUGUAUUUUCAGCAAAGAAAAAGAAACUAGAUAGCUUUGUGCAUCAGAUGCGAAGGCUUUUCUCACCGAAUAGCAUAGAGGGUUGGAUUAGUUCGCACCAUCAUUUUUAUUUUAUAGUUCGCACAUGUAUUUGUAUUUGUUAGU